CAAAAGAUUUACCUUGUGCCCUUGCUACUUUGGUUCCUUUAUAUAAUAAUAUCAGUUUAUUAGAGUGUGAAACUAAGAACUCACAGAUAAAACAGCAUGCAGAUAGUAAUUUACCAAAAGAUUAUCUUCCAUUGUAUAAUAAUUUUUUUCCAGAAUUGGUUCAAAUUCAAACACAUUUGAAAGAUUUUUCUUUAUGCGAAAAGCAUUAUAACCAAUUAAUUGCCCAUACGCAGUAUACUCAUGAUGAAACUAUAUAUGAAAUUAGUGUACAAGCUAGUGCACAAACUAAUGAGGUUGGUAUACAAGUUAAUAAAGAGACCCAUGAGCUAGAUUCAAAAAUAAAUGAGAUAAAGGAUCUUAAAAAACAGUUAGAAUAUAUAUACAAUUAUGUAGUAGAAAGUUGGGAUCAUAUCCAAGAAAUAAAUAAAACAAUUAUUGACAUCGAUAACUAUAUAACUAGUUCUGGAAGUUAUAUGAAAUUCAUUAAUUGGUUGGAAUCAUUAGCAGUCGAAAAUAAAUCCUUAUCUAAAGGGCUUUUGUUUUUAGCCUUUGACAAUGAGCAAUACAGUCAAUUUAAUUAUCUCAAUCGUGGACAUAAUACAGUUAUCUAUCAUAUAGUUACAAGUUUUAUUGCACUGAAUAUGAAUAAAAAUGAUUAUGCUCAAUUUACAAUUGUGCCAUGGAUUUGUGAUUUGAUAUCUAAUGACCAGUAUAAAAAACUAUAUUAUAUUUUACCUAAAAUGCAAGCAGAGCAUGACCUAGAAUUAAAAAUAUACUUAUCAUCAAUUUUAGAAGAGCUUGUUAUCAAAAAAAAUAAGAAAAUCAAUACUAUUGAUACAGUUAUAAAAAAUCAAAAAGGCAUCAGAGACAUGUUGGCUGCUUUACAAGCAGAGUCUGCUAAUGAAAAUAUUCAAGUUAAUAAUCCAACCUACUCAAAACCUCUCAUAAUAAAGUCUUACGCAUAUGCUCAAGAACAAAAAAGCUAA